CGUUUUAGUUUACAUCUGAGAGUAACUUAAAAAAAAAAGAUCAAAGAGGAGAUCGAGCAGAGCAGAGCAGAGCAGGAAAGAACAAUGCUCGACCUCUUCGGGACCUACAGGAACCUCAUCCUCCAAACCCUACUAUCCCUCUCCUUAACCCUAAUCCUCUACUUCCUCAGAAUCCCGAUCAUCUUCCUCUACGGCCUCUGCACCUACAUCCAACCGGAGAAUCUCGGCCAGAACAGCGCCGGAAGUGGAGUCAGAGCCGCGAUCCGACGUCCUUCAAACACAGACGAUCCCAAACCCAACAAUGAACUCAGAAGAAGAAACAGAUCCAAGGACAAAUCCGAAUUCGACGAAACCAACGCUCAGAUCUUCCGAAUCAAACUCGACGAAGACCACCUCAGAUCCCGCAUGUACUUCACCGAGUACAACUCCCUCUUCGUUGUAUCCUUCCUAUCUCUCUCCUCCUUCCUUCUCCAGAAGUACUUCUCCGUAGAUGAUAAGGGCCUUUUGUUCCCUCUUGUUCUCGGAUUCAUCGCCUUGUGCAAAGUCUUCGUUGCGUUAGCUAAGAUCUCGAUCGAGAGAUCUGCGUCCAAGCGAUCUGAGAAGAAACUUAGCUUGAUCUUCGGGGCGUUAGGGUUUGUCUUCGGGAUUAUAAUCAGUGCUGGUGUCUUCCCUAAAGGGUUUGACUUUCAGUUAGGCUCCGUUGAUGCCUUCUGCUGUAUACUCAUCUCCUUCUCCAUGGCGUGCAUCGCUGGGUUCCUCUACAUGCCUGCGGGGAGAAGUGCGAGGUCGUUUUGGGUUGGAACUGAUCAGAUUAGGAGUAAUCUCUCGAUCAUAUCUUGUGGAUGGUUCGGUAGAAUGAUUCUUUAUGUGAACUACAUUGUAUCCGUUUUCACUUCGUUGCUUUGGAUCCAUCCUUUGGCUGAGAUUCUAGUGAAGAGAAGCGGCAAUGCUGGUGGGUUGGUUGGUAAUGUAGGCUUCUCGACUAGUGAUUUCGGCAGGUUUCGUGUUCUGUGUUUGUUGCUGUCCGGUUUGCUACAGGCUAUGGCGGUUCGUCCUAACCUUCAGAUGUUUUUGAACGAAGCGGUGUUAUCUUGGUAUCAGCGAUUACAUGGGAGUAAGACUCCUGAUUUGGAGUUUAGCAGGGCGAAGAUGUUUCUUCAUAACCACUACUUGUGCCUCGUUGCUUUGCAGUUUGUGGCGCCGUCCGUUCUUGUGAUCAUUUUCCUCGGAUUGUCUCAGAUUGAUCUACGCUCCUUUGCUGUUUCUCAACUGGUAUGUGGUUCUUUGCCUUGCAGCGAGUUCGUGGGACAAGUUGGUUUGUUGAUGUCUUGGUGGGUUCUUUUUGUUUGGUCGGCUUUUGCUUCUGCAAGUCUUGUUUUCUAUCGGCGUGGUGUCUUAUAUGUUUCUUGAGAUGGAAUUUCUGAAUCUUUUUCAUGUAUUCGGAGGAAAAUGCCAGUAACAAAACAAAGAAUCAGUUUUGCACGACUUUGGCCCAUUUGUUUGUUUGUUUGUUCUACUUACUACUUGUCUCAAAGUUUACUGAA